CGGUCUUUGAAAAGUUGUCAGGAAGCUGUUUGACAAAACGAAACUGUCCCAACUGUGACAGUAGGAACUUCACUUUCUAGCUUGCCGUUCAUAUUAGGGUUUGUUUUGUUUUUUUAGAGGUGAUAAAAAUGCAGAGCAGCGCUUACGGGGCCUCGCUGGCCGGCGGUACCUUUGACUUGGAGAGUUUUGUAAAACAGCCUCAGACCAUUGUGCGCUGCCUGAGCUGGUUAUUCUCCAUUGUGGUGUUUGCAACCAUCACAGCUGAAGGCUACGUUAACCCAGCGACCAAGUCAGAGGAAAAAUGCAUGUUCAACGGCACCGACAGCGCCUGUAGCUAUGGGGUCGGAAUCGGCGUGUUGGCUUUCUUGGCAUGCGUCAUCUUCCUCGUGUUGGACGCCUACUUCCCGCAGAUCAGCAAUGCCAAGGAGAGAAAAUUAAUUGUUAUAGCAGAUUUGGUGUUCUCAGCGGCGUGGACGUUCCUGUGGUUCAUCUGCUUCUGUGUCCUGGCCAACCAGUGGUCCAAAACACCCAAAGAGAACAUAGUUACUGGUGAUGCUGCCCGGGCUGUCAUUGCCUUCUCCUUCUUCUCCAUCCCCACCUGGGCCCUCCUGACCUUCUUUGCGCUCGGACGCUAUCGCCAAGGCGUCAGCGAGUUUGACCAGGAGUACAGAGACCCAGCCAACGACCACACCACUCCGUACCCGCCCGCUCAGUACCCCGGCAGCAGCGGACCCACGGGCUACCAGCAGUCGCCUUUCCCCCACAGCCAGGAGCAGCCAGGGGAUUACCAGCCUCCAGCCUACUGAAGGACUGAUAUUCAAACACAAGAAUCCAAUGGGGGAGUUUUUUUUUUUUUUUUUUAAUAAAAGACGUGUGCCAACGGUUUGCGCUCUUGCGGAACGUUUUUUGCAUAUUUGUGGGUGCACUGAUGUUUAUAUGUUCAUUUCAUGGUUGUAAGUUGUUUGGAUGUAUGCUGAUGUAUGCACAGCAGUGGAAAUUUAAAAUGUAUUUUGUAAGAAGGAGAUUGUCUUGAUACAAGUGACGAUAACUUUGUCCUUUAAGCCUCCAACUGUAGUUAAUUCAGUUCCCCAUUUGUUUCAAUUUUGCAAUUUGAUUUGCAUUGUUAAGGUGGUUAAGUGAUUUUUUUUUUUUAUGGAAAUGUUACUGUUUAGUACAUAUGAAUAUAUUUACAUUGCUAUCAGAUUCACAAACAGCAGUUCAACAGUCAUAAUGUAUUGAUCCAUGUUAUUACAUUUUUCUAUUCAACCACAAAACAUCCAUAUUAAUCAACAGGUGCGCCGAGGAAGUUCCCUCAUUAACUACUGUAAUAUUUUUGUUUAUUUUUCAAUUAUCAACCACUGAAAAAAUGGCUAUUAUGCACUGAAAAACACAGCUAAAGUCUUUGAGGCGGUUUAAUUGCCAAUAUCUGGUCAAAGGUUGUUGAUUUAAACAUUUUAAAUCCACUCCUGCUGCAGUUUAAUUUAGUUUUUCUGAUUGCUUGUUUUUUUUGAAGGUAGCCAAAGGAUCCUUUAUAUUUCAGCUACCUCUGGAGAAAUCGAAUGUGCCUUUCUUGAGUUAGUUUUACAAUAACUAUCCAAUUUAGCCAUAAUUAGAUAAUAAGAGUUAAUUAAUAUUGGGGUAAAAUUUAUAUAUUUAUUAUUUUACUUGAACCCGUCAGUCAGGUUCAUGACAAUCAAACCAUAAUUGUUAUCUACACUGAUUUUUCUUGCUUUUUUCACACGCCAGUUGUUCCUUUUCGCGAGUUGUACUCAAUGGCUUUAAACUAAUCCCCCAACUAAAGUGCCUUGUACAGUAUUCUGUAUCACACAGGGUUUGCCAAAUAAACGCUGUUCUUGUUUGAACCUC